AUGGCAGCGGGCCCAGCCGCGCCCACGAGGGGCCCCGAGCACAGCCGCAGCCCUGACCGCCGACCGGAAGGCAGGCUGUCCCCGCCCAGGCGCCCUUCCGGCCCCCCGGAAUGGUUCAUAAUGAAGGCCAUGCUGCGAGGCACCGCGACGCCCCUCUCUCCCGACGACCAGCCCCCGGCCGACGAACCGCCAGAUGUCUCCUGCGACGUAGAGGCGACGGAGAGUCCGUCUGCGAGCAGUGACGACAGUGACGGCUGUCCAAGCCCGAGUCGCGAGGCCGGGAGAGUGUCGGCAGCCCAUGGGGAGACGUCCCUGGACGCGUGGCGGAGGUCGGCCUCCCGCGGAGGCUGCAGGUGGGAGGACAGCCACCGCCCCUCGCCAAGGAGGGGGUGCACCGCCGAGCCUGAGGAGUCCUACUGCUCCGACAUGCACACCACCUUCAGCUCCGUGACGCCACAACUGGUGGAGAAGGGCAAUAGAUAUGUCCUGUAUUUCAAGGACGACGAGUGGGCGACGGGGCGGACCAUGGAGGACUCCGUGUUCGAGGCGGAGCACGAGUGGGAGUGCGGCCCACCGGCCCGGGCCCACUCAGACAAGGGGGGCGCCGAGGCUGCCCGUCUCUUCUUUGCACUGUUCACCAGGUGCUGGAGGCCUUCCAUACCCAUGCUGGUCCCGGGGGCGCCGCCAGUGGGCGACGACUACUUCAGCGAGGGAGCCGAGGGGGAUGAGCGCCACCGGGACGUGCAGGCCACCAUCGAGUCCCAGGACAACCUGGCGGGCAUGAAGACGGCGCUGCACGAGGAAUUCGAGGCGGCGAUCAGGCGGCAUCAGAUGUCCACAAUGGAGAAGAAGGAAAGCGUGGAUGUCCUUGCCGACGACCUCCCCGUCCCUCUGUCGCGCCGAGCGAGCCCCGUCGACGAGUCGGACUCCGCAUACGACGGCGACGUCUCGGAGGGCAGCCUGCGGGAGAAGCACGCGGCCAGCAUGCCUGACGCGCAGGAGAUGAGCAGGACGGAGGAUCUGGACCUGCGCGCCGGGAUGCGGCGGCACGCCACCCCCGGAAGCGACGCCGGCAGCGAUGUGGCCAGCAUCGGCGUGGAUGACAUAUACAGCAGCUUCACGGCAGUGGACACGCCUGAGAAAAAGUACACGUUGGAGUUCGUGGACGUGGAUCCAAAUGGCGUUGCAAGCCACAGUGACGGCGAAGAUGAUGGGUUCAAUUUUGAUACGGUGACCACUGGGGACGCCGAAAUAGAGGACGUGUGCUGCCCCUGGAUGGAGGGCGCUGGCCGUGGAAAGCCGCAGUUGGGCGUUGUUCCAAAGGCCAAGACUGCAGCAGCCCAUUGA